CCAUCCCGACCACCACAUGAGAGAGAAAGAGAAAAGGAGAAGGAGGGAUAGUUCCUUUUCUCCUCUCCUCAUCCCUCCAACACUGGAUUAUGACUGUCUCUUUUUUCUCCAUUCGGAAUAACGCUCAGCUUUGAAGAUAGAAUUUUUUUUGUGUCUGAACUGGAGAUUUUAAAAUAGGGUGUGUGUGAGGGUGUGUGUGUGAGUGUGUGCAUGUGUUUGUGUGUGUUUGUGUGUGUAUGUGUGUGUGUGUGUGUAUGUGUGUGCGUGGUUGCCGUGGGGACCUCUAAAUCAUGGCUCAUGCGGCGUCUCAGAUAAAGAAGAAUAAAGAUGUGGACAUUAACGCUCUGGAAGACGACAAAGAGCAGCGGAAGAGAAAAAACAGAAAACACUCACGAGAGCAGAAGAAGAAGUCGGACAGUAAUGCCAGUUACCUGCGGGCGGCAAGGGCAGGUAAUCUGGAGAAAGCUCUGGACUACCUGAAGAGUGGAGUGGACAUCAACAUCUGCAACCAGAACGGUCUGAAUGCACUACACUUGGCGUCUAAAGAGGGUCAUGUGGAGGUGGUGGCAGAACUGCUCAAACUAGGGGCCAGUGUUGAUGCUGCUACCAAGAAAGGAAACACAGCGCUGCACAUUGCGUCUCUGGCCGGGCAGACAGACGUGGUACGGGAACUCGUGACCAAUGGAGCCAACGUUAAUGCACAGAGUCAGAAUGGCUUCACUCCACUGUACAUGGCCGCUCAGGAGAACCAUCUGGACGUGGUUCGGUUCCUGCUGGAGCACGGAGCCAGCCAGAGCAUUGCCACCGAGGAUGGCUUCACUCCGCUGGCAGUGGCGCUGCAGCAGGGUCAUGAUCAGGUGGUCUCUCUGCUGUUGGAGAAUGACACGAAGGGUAAAGUUCGACUGCCCGCGCUCCACAUCGCUGCCCGCAAAGACGACACCAAAUCUGCAGCUCUGCUCCUGCAGAAUGACCACAACGCCGACGUGGAGUCAAAGAUGAUGGUGAAUAGAACAACAGAGAGUGGCUUUACUCCUCUGCACAUCGCUGCCCACUACGGUAACAUCAACGUCGCCACAUUGCUGCUGAACAGAGGAGCAGCAGUGGACUUCAUGGCCAGGAAUGACAUCACUCCACUGCAUGUAGCGGCUAAAAGAGGGAACGGGAACAUGGUGAAGCUGCUGCUGGACCGAGGAGCCAAAAUCGAUGCCAAGACCAAGGAUGGGCUGACCCCUCUGCACUGCGGCGCGCGGAGUGGACAUGAGCAGGUGGUUGAGAUGCUUUUAGACAGAGGAGCUCCAAUCCUCUCCAAAACUAAAAAUGGUCUGUCUCCCCUGCACAUGGCCACUCAGGGUGAUCACUUGAACUGCGUCCAGCUCCUCCUGCAGCAUGACGUCCCUGUGGAUGAUGUCACCAACGACUACCUGACCGCUCUGCACGUGGCUGCUCACUGCGGUCAUUAUAAAGUGGCCAAAGUUAUAGUGGACAAGAAGGCCAACCCGAAUGCGAAAGCACUGAACGGCUUCACUCCGCUGCAUAUCGCCUGUAAGAAGAACAGAGUGAAGGUGAUGGAGCUGCUACUGAAACACGGAGCGUCUCUGCAGGCCGUCACUGAGUCGGGGUUGACGCCAAUCCAUGUGGCAGCAUUUAUGGGUCAUGAGAACAUAGUGAAGCAGUUAACACACCAUGGAGCGUCACCAAACACCACCAACGUGAGAGGAGAGACGGCGCUACACAUGGCAGCAAGAGCCGGUCAGGCUGAUGUGGUUAAAUAUCUGCUACAGAAUGGAGCGAAGGUGGACAUCAAGGCCAAGGACGACCAGACGGCGCUCCAUAUCGCCAGUCGUCUGGGGAAGACGGAGAUAGUUCAGCUGCUGCUGCAGAAGGGGGCAUGGCCUAGCGCAGCCACAACCUCAGGCUACACCCCACUGCACCUGGCAGUGAGGGAGGGGCAUCAGGAGACCGCUGCCCUGCUGCUGGAGCAUGGAGCUUCACUCUCCGCAGCUACCAAGAAAGGUUUCACUCCUCUACAUGUUGCUGCUAAAUACGGCCAGAUAGAGGCAGCAAAGCUGCUCCUGCAGAAAGGAGCAGCACCGGAUACAGCAGGCAAGACCGGGUUAACUCCGCUGCAUGUAGCUGCUCACUAUGAUAAUCAGAGAGUGGCACUGCUGCUGCUGGAUCAUGGGGCGUCACCACAUGCUGCAGCCAAGAACGGCUACACUCCUCUCCACAUCGCCGCUAAGAAGAAUCAGCUGGAGAUCGGUACGACUCUGCUGGAGUUCGGAGCAGAGACAAAUGCAGUGACCCGGCAGGGCAUCAGCCCGCUGCACCUUGCCGCUCAGGAGGGCAGCGUGGACCUGGUGUCGCUGUUACUGACCAAACAUGCUAAAGUUAACAUGGGCAAUAAGAACGGGCUGACUCCGCUGCACCUGGCGGCUCAGGAGGACAGAGUGGGCGUGGCCGAGGUUAUGCUGAAUCAUGGGGCUGAGGUGGAUGCUCACACAAAGACGGGAUACACUCCAUUGCAUGUGGCUUGUCACUAUGGCAACAUGAAGAUGGCCAGCUUCCUGUUAGAGAAUCAAGCGAAGAUCAACAGCAAAACAAAGAGUGGAUACACUCCUCUACACCAGGCAGCACAGCAAGGCCACACCCACAUCAUUAAUAUGCUGCUUCAGCACCGAGCCUCAGCCAAUGAUCUCACAGUGAACGGUAACACUGCUCUCUCAAUUGCCCGGCGACUCGGAUACAUCUCUGUGGUCGACACUCUGAGAGGAGUAACAGAUGAAAAUCUCACUGCCACGCCGCCGGUGACAGAGAAACACAAGCUGAAUGUUCCGGAAACCAUGAACGAGUUCCUGGACAUGUCAGACGACGAGGGUGAGGAUGCGAUGACUGGUGAGACAGAGAAGUACCUGCGGCCGCAGGACCUGAAGGAGCUUGGAGACGAUUCGCUGCCACAGGAAGGAUACAUGGGCUUUAGCAUCGGAGCUCGAUCAGUCAGCCCCAGAAUCAGCUCAGACAGAUCCAACACCCUGAACAGAACAUCCUGUGUGAGGGACAGCAUGGUGAUAGAGGAGGUCAUCGCUCCGACCAAAGACACGCUGCAGAGCGUUUUUAAAGAUAUCUCCUACAUGGUGGACCCUCAGAAUAAGCAGCUGUCUGUGAGCCGUGAGCAGAAUGAGUGUCUGAGACGUUACAGCUGGACUCCGGACACUGUGGACCACACACACAACACUGUGUCCAGCCCCAUACACUCCGGCCCUUCCUCCCCGCUCCCCCAAUAUGACUCCAGGUUCCUGGUGAGUUUCAUGGUGGAUGCUAGGGGCGGGUCCAUGAGAGGAAGUCGGCAUGACGGCAUGCGCAUCAUCAUCCCGCCCAGGAAGUGCCCAGCGCCCACACGGAUCACCUGCCGCCUGGCCAAACGCCACAGGCUGGCGUACCCACCCCCCAUGGUAGAAGGGGAGGGGCUGGUGAGCAGGCUGGUGGAGGUGGGGCCAGCCGGAGCUCACUUUCUGGGGCCAGUCAUUGUGGAGAUCCCCCAUUUCGGCUCCAUGCGUGGGAAGGAGCGUGAGCUGAUUGUUCUGCGCAGCGACAAUGGCGACACCUGGAAGGAGCAUCACUACGACUGCCGAGGAGAGGACCUGACCGCUCUGCUCAAUGGCAUGGACGAGGAGCUGGACAGCCCCGCUGAGCUGGAGAAGAAGCGAAUCUGCCGCAUCAUCACUAAAGAUUUCCCACAGUACUUUGCGGUGGUGUCCCGCAUUAAGCAGGAGAGUGACCACAUGGGUCCGGAGGGCGGAGUCCUGACCAGUGAGGCGGUUCCCAUGGUUAGGGCUGCCUUUCCUCCUGGAGCGCUCACCAAGAAGAUCCGUGUUGGCCUACAGGCCCAGCCUGUGCUGGAGGAAGUGGUGUGGAGUGUGAUUGGGAACAGAGCGUCUUUCAGCCCCAUCGUUACUGUGGAGCCCCGCAGGAGGAAGUUCCAUAAACCCAUCACCAUGACGAUCCCCGUCCCACCCAGAGCAAAGGAGGCGGCGGCUAAUGGUCGCAAAGGUGACCCCGCUCCCUGCCUGAGACUGCUCUGCAGCAUCACAGGGGGCACAUCUCCAGCUCAGUGGGAGGACAUCACUGGAACCACUCCACUGUCCUUUGUCACUGAUUGCGUCUCAUUCACUACUAAUGUCUCAGCCAGGUUCUGGUUGGCAGACUGUCAGCAGGUCAGUGAGACGGUUGCCCUGGCGACCCCUCUGUAUCGUGAGUUGAUCUGUGUGCCAUAUUUGGCAAAGUUUGUAGUGUUUGCGAAGCCGAUCGACCCAGUGGAGGCGCGACUGCGCUGCUUCUGUAUGACCGAUGAUAAAGUGGACAAAACUCUGGAGCAGCAGGAGAACUUUGAGGAAGUGGCCAGGAGCAAAGACAUUGAGAUCCUGGAGGGAAAGCCCAUCUUCGUGGAUUGCUAUGGUAACCUUGCUCCCAUAAGCAAGAGCAGCCAGCAGCUCAUCUUCACCUUCUACGCCUUCAAAGAGAACCGACUGCCUUUCAACGUUAAGGUGCGGGACGUGGGGCAGGAGGCGUGUGGCAGACUCUCGUUCCUCAAAGAGCCGAAGAGCUCUAAAGGUCUUCCACACAGCGCCAUCUGCAACCUCAACUUCACACUGCCAACCCACAGGAAGGAGAUGGAGUCGGAUCCUGAUGAUGAGAAUGACAACAAAGAUCGACGUCAUACCUUUGCUUCAUUUGCAUUACGAAAGCGCUACAGCUAUCUGACCGACCCUGCGUCCAAAACAGCCGAAAGAGGCCAGAACUCCACUCCGAAAACCACGUCGCAGCCUUCUGGCUACGCUUACAAGCCUGUCUUUACGACACGCUCCUACCAGGCUUGGGCAACCAGUCCGCCUGUCAGUGCCACCGGACAGGCCAAGUCUGGUUUUGGCUCCCUCUCCAGCUCCUCCUCCAACACCCCCUCUGCCUCCCCACUGAGAUCCGUGUGGUCUGUAAACUCUGCCUCCCCCAUCAGAUCAGUCAUCGGAGGCUCACCUGCAUCCUCCAUCAAAUCUGCCAGUGACGUUGCGUCACCAAUACGCUCCUACAGAACCAUCUCGUCUCCGAUAAAGACAGUUGUGCAGCAAGCCCAGUAUCCAGUCCAGGCUUCCCCAACCUUCCUUUCAUCCCCAGGGAAGAACACUCCUGACUCUGUCUCUGUAAAAGGCCUGGCAGCCCUUUCUGCCAGAACCUCGCCAGUUCCUGCUGGGGGUUCACUUCUAGAGAGAUCCUCCAUCGCUAUGACCCCGCCUGCUUCACCCAAGUCCUCUCUGAACAUGUAUAACUCCAGUUUACCCUAUAAAUCUGUCGUAACCUCAAAUGCUCCAUCAACCGGUUCCCCCAUUAAAACUGUCCCAGGCCUCUCCUCAAUCCGAACAACUGAUUCUUCCAGCUCCCACAGGGGAUUCCUCAGUUCCCUUUCCUCACCACUUAAAACCAACUCCAGCUCCAGUGCAGCAGCCUUGAUCAAUGGGACAGUUUCACCCACUAAGUACCGCUCCUCCUCCCCCAAUUCACUCAUGUCUGGCACCCUACAGGAGAGGAUACAGGCUACAACCAACGCUGCCACCACCAGUGUAAAUGCUGCCUUCGAUGAAGUGGAGAAGACACUAAACUCCUGCUCUGCAGGCUACGGCACACUCAAGUCUAUGUCGUCCUCUCCAUCUUCUUCCUAUCAGUCCAUCCGGUCUUCAGGUUCCAGCUCCAUUUAUGCCUCCCUUAGAUCGCCUCCGAACUCCACCACCUCCGUUACUUGCAGCACAAUCACAGUGCCUGUUUACUCAGUCAUAAAUGUUUUGCCAGAACACCAGUUCAAAAAGCUUCCAGAUAUAUCCAAAUCAACAGCAGCUCUUUUGUCCCCCAGAAGGACCAUGCCCCCAGAGGCCAAUGCCCAAACACAGUCUUCCUUUGCCAAAACUCUGUCUCCAGUGAAAACGCCUCUGUUCAUGUCCCCUGCAGCCCUCAAGUCCACCUCCCCAUCCCCGCUGUCCAACAGUCAAGAGAUACUGAAGGAUGUUGCUGAAAUGAAGGAGGAUCUAAUCCGAAUGUCAGCCAUUUUGCAAACUGACACAAGUUCUGUCUCCAAAAACUUCCACUCUGACUCUCCUAAAGAGCAUAAGAUGGAAGAUGAGGAACCAUACAGGAUUGUAGAGAAAGUCAAACAAGACUUGGUCAAAGUUAGUGAGAUACUAACCAAGGAUGUUCUGAGGGAGAGUAAAGCAAACAUCAAAAACAGCAAGGUUGAAGAAGAUCUAGAGGAUGAUAUUGAUGACCUCCAGCAAAAUGGAUGGAGGUGCCCCCCUCGGUAUGAGACGGUGGCGCCUCAAUCAAAAAUAAAAAACAUUCCUGACAGAGACUUUAACUUAGCAAAAGUAGUAGAGUACCUAACCAAUGACAUUGGCACAAGCUCCCUGUCAAAAAUUGUAGAAGCAAAACAGACAAGAGAGGAAGUGAGGAGAGAGGGAGAGGAGAAACAGAAGCGUGUCUUAAAACCUGCCAUUGCAGUUCAAGAGCACAAGCUCAAAAUGCCCCCCUCAAACAUGCAUGCAUCCCCCUCAGAGAAAGAGCUUUGUAAGCUAGCAGAUACAUUGUUUGGAACAGAUGUGGUUCUUGACUCCCCAGAUGACAUCUCUCAUGACCAAGAUAAAAGUCCACUGUCAGACAGUGGGUUUGAGACUCGGAGUGAGAGGACUCCUUCAGCGCCUCAGAGUGCUGAAGGUUUGGGGCCCAAAGCGCUAUUCCAGGACAUCCCUCCAGUCAUCACUGAAACACGGACUGAGGUUGUACAUGUUAUACGGAGCUACGAGCCUCCAGAGGACUCCAAGGAGCCUGUAAUGGAGGAGGUUAGGAUGGCAAAACCUCCAGCCCGAUGCGUUGACACAGAACCUAGAUCACCUGGUGGCUCAAUCAAGGAGAGAGUGAAAGCCUACCAAGCCAGAACAAAUCCAGAGGAAGAUAUGGUUGGCAAAGGCAUGCGGCUCAAAGAGGAGACUCAUAUUACAACCACUACACGCAUGGUGUAUCACAAACCACCGAGUAAAGAGGUUACAUCAGAGAGACUUGAGGAGACUAUGUCUGUAAGAGACAUCAUGAAAGCCUUUCAAUCAGGCCGAGAUCCAUCCAGAGAGAUAACUGGCUUGUUUGAGCACAAAGGCAGCAUUGAGGGAGUGGACCAAUCUCAGAGGCCUCUGGAUAGAGACUCAAUGCCCAAAGUGGAGCGCAUCAUUGAGGUUCACAUUGAGAAAGGAAAUAAGACCGAACCAACAGAGGUCAUCAUUAGGCAAACCAAAAAUCACCCUGAGAAAGAAAUGUACAUUUACCAAAGCAGUAGUGGAAUGAAGGAGCUUCAAAACAAAGAGGAAAUUGAACAGCAGGAAGAGCAAGAGCCUGAGGAAUCCCUGCCCUGCUAUUUGGACUCCUCCAGAUUGAACACGCCUGUUUUUCAGGAGGAUGAUAGCUCUGCCCAGCUAAUGGGUGAUGACUCGUACAAAACUCUGAAACUACUUAGUCAGCACUCAGUGGAAUACCAUGAGGAAGAAUCGGCAGAUACGAGGGGAGAGUCAUACAAAUUUGCAGAGAAAAUGCUCUUCUCUGAGAAAUUUGACUCUUCUCAUUCUGACUCGGAUGAAUCCGUGAUCGAUCGAUCUCGUUACUAUGAAGAAGGAACACAUGGUGGCUCAAUGAGAGAAUUCAUGCUCAAACCUGACAAGCAAGGCACAGCCUCAAAGGACAGUGAAAACUAUGACAAGCUAACUUUGCUGCAGUAUGCUUCUGAUUCUGGUAGUCCUAAAAAGUCAUUUUGGACAAGAGCAUCUGAAGACAGACAGAAUAAAAAUAGAGACAAAAUGAUAUACGAGGACAGAGUAGACAGAACUGUCAAAGAAGCAGAGGAGAAACUUAGUGAAGUGUCACAGUUUUUCCGUGAUAAAACAGAGAAAUUGAACGAUGAGCUCCACUCCCCUGAGAAGAAGCAUCGUAGGCCAGAUGCUCGAGAGACUAGAUCUGGACCUAGUUCUACCUGCAGCAGCCCUGAGAGAUCAGUGUUUAGGAAUGGAGGGAGUGGAGAAGAGUGGAGCAGAGACAGGUUCAGAGACAAGUAUGGUGCUCAUGACCGGAAGUGUGCCAGCCUUCCUAGCAGCCCAGAAAGACGUGCUUUGCUUCUAUAUAAUGAUGACAAUGGAAAACAAGGUGACUGCUCAUCAGCAAGUAGUGCAAGCGAGUCUUCUAAAUACCACCAGCCCUCAACAUCCAAGGUUAGUUCAGUUAGAAUGAAAUUUGAAGCAGAGGCUCAAAAGCAAGAUAAGGGUCCCCAGUGGGAUCAAAAUUCUGGAUCCCCAGUAAGAAAGCUACAGGAAAGUAAAUUGCCCAUUUAUCAAGUUUUUGCUGGGGGGAAUCUCCCAAAAUCAUCAGACUCUUCCAAAGCUGAACAUAGCCCAAAGAAAGUUCUAGAAAGUGAGAGUGGGCAAAGUUAUAAUGUCAGGAGAGCCCAAGCACUUGCUGAUAGAAAUAGAAAUGUGUCAGAUAACACCAGUCCAAAACAUCAAAAAAGUGUUCAUAGCAAAGAGCAAGAUGUAGAUAAAGAUCGGAAGAUUUUCAAAACUUGGGAAAGUCAUGGCAAUGGACACCAUAAAGCGCCAAAGUCAAAAAUGUCUCACACCCUAGUUCAAGAUGCUAUGGUUGAUAGUGAAGAGAAUCGAAAUUCCACUAAAGGGGAAGCAACCAAAAAGAUCAUAUAUACAGAGCUAGUGAUUCGAGAAGACCCCAGUAGCACUGAGAAAUACAGUGGUUCUCAAAAAAAAAACUCGGAAUCACAAAUUCCUAUUAGGGUUUCAUCUAGUUUUAUAGACCAUCACCAAAGUAGUACUUUAAAGCUAGAUUCAUCUGUUAAAUCUGAUGGAGUAGGGUCCCACAUACCAACGUUAGAUAGAAGUGAGCACCAUUGUAGUUCUGAUGCAAACAAAUCAUCUAGUGAUGUGUUGUCAGUAGGAAAUUCUACCAUAGUCUGCAAUGGUGUCGGUAGCGACCAAAUCGAAUUUAUUGAGAGAGUGAAUCCUAGUGUGACUGCAGACAUCAAGCCUCUGCCAGUUUAUGUCAGCAUUCAUGUAGACAAGCAGUACGAGAAGGAGACAGCCACUGGGCAACUUAGCACCUACAAAAAAGUAGUUAGCCAUGAAAGUCGAACAGUACAUGAGACGAGGGGUGCAUUCUACACAGUCAAACAGAAACAGCAGUGUUCACCUCAGGGCAGCCCAGAGGACGACACACUAGAGCAGGUGACUUUCAUGGACAGUUCUGGAAGAAGCCCUGUCACUCCUGAAACACCCAGCUCUGAUGAGGUUAGCUAUGACUUCAAUUCCAGAGCGCCAGAAUCUGUAAUUGGCUCCAUAACUAGCAUGCCCAGCCCAAUACCAGAAGAGUCAGAGGAAGAGGAGCAACCCAAGACUUUCAUCUUCAGGGAACUACCAGCAGAAAAAGCCAAACCUGCCACUCCACCAGAGUCUCCAAAAGGGAAGCAUGAAUCACCUGGGAAAAGAACAAAAGACAAACGGGUAGCUUACAUUGAGUUUCCUCCACCUCCACCACUAGAGACUGAACAGUCUGACCAUGAAAAGAAAGUGUCAUGCCCAUCGUCUGAGGCAGAAACAGAGAUGAUGGAGGUAAAUCUCCAAGAGGAGCAUGAUAGGCACCUCCUUGCAGAUCCUGUGAUCCGAGUCCAGCCACCUUCUCCUCUUCCUCCUGGAGCUGACAACUCUGAUUCCAGUGACGAUGAGUCUGUCUUUCAACCCAUUCCUCUCAAAAAGUACACCUUCAAAAUGGCAGAGGAAGGUGAAAAACGUGUGAGGCCUCGAAAGCCAGAGAGAAAUGGUUCUCACCUCAAAGAGUCAAGUGUGAAUGGUGUCAUCAAAGGAGAUGAUGUGGACUUUGAGCAGAACGGCAAUGACCAGUCAAUCACUGACUGCUCUAUAGCUACAACUGCAGAGUUUUCCCAUGACACCGAUGCUACAGAGAUAGACUCUCUUGAUGGUUAUGAUCUGCAGGAUGAGGAUGAUGGGUUGAGUGAUCCCAAAACCUCCAGCCUGUCAAACGAUGGAAAACCAGGUGAUCGAUCCUUCAGCCAGAGCAAGCUGGAAGUGAUUGAAGAGGAAAGCACUCCUAAUGAGGAUACUGGAGAAAAAGCAAAAUCAAAAAGCAACUCAUCAAGCAAAAAAUCAGACAGUUCUAAAGAUCGAGAAAAGAUCUACUCCUUGGAGGGAAGACACCCUGACAGACAAGGGUUUGCAGACUUUAGCUGCAAACUUGAGGAGGAAAUGAAUACAACAUUCAAAACAGUUGCCACCAAAGGCUUGGAUUUUGACCCAUGGUCCAGCAAAGGAGCAGAGGACGGAGUAUUUGACACUAAAGGCAAAGAUGAAGAUCCAAAGCCUUUUGGUUUGUCAGUGGAUGACAAGUCACAGGCUACCACACCAGACACCACUCCGGCUCGAACACCAACUGAUGAGAGCACCCCAACUAGCGAGCCCAACCCCUUCCCCUUCCACGAGGGCAAGAUGUUUGAGAUGACCCGCAGUGGCGCUAUUGACAUGAGCAAGCGGGACUUUGUUGAGGAGAGGCUUCAAUUUUUCCAGAUUGGUGAGCAUACCGCAGAUGGGAUGUCAGGGGACAAGGGCAAAGGGGGCAGAAGUGCGGGGGUAGGUGCCUCCCAAACAAAGGCAGGGGAGAGAACUGUAAUGGGGAAGGUAGAGGCCACCACAGACAUUACACCAUCCAGAGGCAGCCCAGCUCAGGUCGGCACUGGCUGCAUGGAUGCACCUCCAUGCACUGACACUGUAGGCGAAACUGCCUCCUCUUGCACUGUCACGGCCUCCAAGGUCGACUCUAAAUUGCGCACCCCUAUAAAGAUGGGAAUCGCUGCCUCCAUAACCAUAAAGAAAGACUCUGGUUCAGCUGAACUGAGUGAAUUUAAAGCAGAUGCCUCAGUGAGUCAGGUGCCAGAGUAUGUUAGCUUGGAAACCCACACAAAUGAAGGUCAGUUUGUUAGUAGAACCUCUGAUUCAGCUUCAACUGAAAGGAAAGAUUUCCCCUCAGAGAACUGCAAUAACAACAAUAACCUAGAGCCCUCCAGUGUCCAGGCUAACUACAUCCAGUGUGGUAGUGUAGUGUUCAACCUCCAGUCAUCCUCUGAACCCACUCUCCAGAAAGCCAGCAGGAUAGAAGCCCAGUUCUGUAGGGUUUCCACUGAGACAGCAGAGGACAGCUCCAGUACUCAGAGUCAUCAGGGGAAAGCAGACUCUCAGAAAGAGAUAGACAUCAAAGGUCAGCCCAGGUCUAGACUCCCAGUCAAGGCUGCAGGGUUCACCUUUAACAACCAAAGCUCAGGAAAGCAGAAACCUAGGCAAGCUGUCAAACCUGAGGCUAGGAAAGUGGACCCUGCGUCUAGCACACUAGAGCCCAGAUCUAGAAUUCCAGUCAAAGAUGUCAAAAGGAAUGGUUCUAUCAGUUCUUCUACUGCAGGGUGCAGGUCAGGGAAGCUUGGGGAGGCAGAGAGAAUCGUCAGGCAGGUAGUUUCCCCCCAGCAGCCAACCAGAGAUAGGUCAUCAGGGGUGGCUUUGAGCAACUGUUCAGUUAGUGAGGCAGACCGAGCCAACCUAAGUGAGCUAUGUAGGCAGUCGAUCAAGUUCUUUCAGAGCAUUAGCGGGGGAGCAGCAAAAGUGGCGGAUCGCCUUUCAGACGAGGAGAAACAGACGCAGGCAGAGCAGUCGGAGGAGGACAGCAGCACGUCACGAAGCACCUCCCUAUCGGACCCCUCCCAGUCCCAGCCCUCCCUCUCUGCCGGCUCCUCCCGAGGGGUCACACCCUCAAGGUCAAAGGUCACGAGGUCCGCGGGCAGUGAGAGGAGGAGGACUAGGCGGACAGGAGGAGGGAAGGAGGGCAAUAAGGGCGCAGGUGCUCGCGGGGCGCCCCCCGUCGCGGAGAUCAAGCCUAGUCCGCAAACCCCUUGUGAGAGGACGGACCUUCGCAUGGCCAUUGUGGCCGAUCAUCUGGGACUCAGCUGGACAGAGCUGGCUCGAGAGAUGAAUUUCUCGGUGGAUGAGAUCAAUCACAUCCGCACAGAGAACCCCAACUCCCUCACCGCCCAGAGCUUCAUGCUGCUGAAGAAGUGGGUGAGCAGAGACGGGAAGAACGCCACCACGGAUGCGCUGACUGCAGGGCUGACCAAAGUGAACCGGAUGGAUAUUGUGACUCUUCUGGAAGGGCCCAUAUUUGAUUAUGGUAACAUUUCAGGCACCAGAAGUUUUGCAGAUGAUAGCGCUGUGUACCAGGAGAAAGCGGAUGGCUGGAUCGGUGAGAACCCCAGUGGCAACGCAGAACCGCUCGCUCAGGGGCGGAGCCUCAGCACUGACCUCAUCGACAGGCAGGACAACAGUCAGGAAAACUCCAGUGACUCUGUGACAUCAUCAUCCAGAGGGGAUUCUGGGAAACCCCGUCAGAACGGCGAGCAUUCUGAAACCCCGCCCCGCAGCACAGCGUCACAGGUUUCAGCCAACGGAUCAGGGCGAGAGGAAGGAACACUGCUAGUUGAACACAAAGUCAAGCAGCGUACAGCUACAGAGUCUGGCUCAGACGAGGAACGCACCGUCACCACGCGAGUGUUCCGCAGACGCCUCGUCCUGAAGGGUGAGGAGGCUCGGAACAUUCCGGGAGAGACUGUUUCAGAGGAACAGUUCACUGAUGAGGAAGGAAACAUCAUCACCAGAAAAGUGAUCCGGAAGGUGAUCCGGCGGGUGGAUGCUCCAACUCCGGAGGAUCAGGAUGAUAAGGGGAGAUGCUUCGAAGGUGAGGAGAAAGGACGAGAGAAGAUCUUCAGAGAAGAAGUUUCACUCUUAGAUGCAGCUCAGCAUUAGCGGGUAACCAAGGCUCCAGGUUUUGCAGUUUGUUUCUCGUCCGUCUCCAGAUGGCAGGGCCAGCAGAGACGAACUCGCAGGAAGGGAACUAUUCGGAGAAAUGCAGCUUACUAGAAAUGCAGCUUAGACAGCUUUCCCACGCUCAGACGCAUGGUGUUCUGGGACACGGACCAUCCCCUCCCCCACUCUCGCAUGAGCAUGACAGCACACUCUCCGCCCCUUCCGCUGUCUCACUCUUACCCCUUCCUGUUUCGGAGGGGCCUGGCGAAAUCCACUUCCUGUCAGCAGCGGCUUCUGGAAAAUUCAGUUUCCUGAGUUGGAGGGACCUAUAUGGGUACGUUUUUACACCUUUUGGGAGAAACUACAAGACUCCUGCGCUGACUUUUCUGGAAAUUUAUGGAAAAUGUGUCACCUUUUCUGGAUGAGUCUCACCUUUCUGGAAAAAUGCGUUGCGUUUUCUGGAAAAAUCUCACUUUUUCUGUGCAUCAGAGGUGCUGGAGUGGAUCUUGCUACAGCUUUGGAGGAUGCCAAACCAAGACCAACACCGCCGUAACCCAACACACACUCUUUCUUGUGACCAAAGAUGGCACAAAAGCUCUUUUUUCACAGAAAACCACCCAUGGACGCUUUUUACUCGCUUCCUGUUCCUUCCUAUUUGCUUUUCUUCCUUCAUUUAGCCCCCUUCUCAUCAGGAGGAGGAGGAUCGCUGUGGUUUAUUUGUGUUUGUUUUAAAAUGAAAACAAACAAAAAAACAACACAAGGAAAUUUUUUCUGUACAUAACUUAACAUUGUGUAAAAAAAUAACUCUAACAGCCGCCAGGCUCGGGGGAAAGCUCCGAUUAUGGAGGUGCUUUCGACGUUUUAAGAAAGUUUGAAUGAAACUCUUACACGUUGCUCUUGUAUAACAUUAUUAAUUAUAGAAGGUAGGUUUGUACAUGAAAAAUAACGUCAGACAGGGGACCUUUCCGUAACAAUAAGAAGUUCUCUGCGAAUUUGAGCAGUUCUCAAAAUGGGAAUUUCAGAGUACUAUUAAUAUUUUGCAUGCAAUCCACCUUAUUUUAAGUACCUUCUUUUAUAAGUUUGCAUUCAAAAUAAAAUAAAAAAAAGAGACUUUUUUUUCCCUCCUGUGCACAUACAGCGCCGAGGAGUCCCACACCUUUUCUAUUCUGAAGAUCUAUAAACAGUGUAGCUGGUUUAAAGUGUGCUGCCCCCUGCUGGAGGAACGAACUGAAUGUAACUGCUUAGAAAACUGGCUCAUCGUCCAACUAUAAGUGUCUGACGUUGUAGGAAUAUCAGCUAAAACUGUGUAAAAGUCUCUCUCUGUGUGUCCUAAGGCUGUGUGUUUGACCAUUAUAGCGGUCAAAUGUCCUCACAGGGUUUUUUUCCUUAAAGGCUGCUGUGGUUUUUAGCUAAAAAAAACUUUAAAAAGGCUUUUAUUUUACCUUUUUUUCAGGUUUCUGGUGAAUAUUUUCUUCCCGGACGUUUAUAAUCACAUGCAAAAUGACGUCAGAGUUAAUCAUGUAUAAAAAAAGUUAUUUUACACAUCAGAUAAAUCGUGUUUGUCCCUGUUUAGAGCAGAGUCUGUGUGUUGCCGUGCACUGCGUUGAUUUUUAGUUUUUUUCCAUUUAGCCGUUUCUUUGCUAAUCUGAUCUAGUUUGAGUAGAGCGUGUAAAACUAAAGCAGAUUGUAGUUUGCUGAUUUACUUUUAAACAAGGAAGUGAUGUCACGGUAGCGGGGGGGGGGGGGUUUGUCGUUCUACCUCCCCUUUACCUGUCAAUCAGUCUGUAGGCAGGGCCUGGCAUAGUCAGUUUGCGUUCGUUUGGUUUGAUAACCCGUUUUCAUCCUUUUUAAUGUAAAAAAUUCUUACUUACCGAGUGAAGCCAUUUAAACUGAACUGUAUUCUAGCACUUUGGUUAUGAAAGAUCUUCUCUUUUAGAAGCUAGCAGCUACGAUGCCACCAUAAUGUUUCAAAUGUCUUAAAAGAAUCAAAUUUAACAAUAAAUAAAGACAUUGAUUUUACAAACCUA